CUAGUGCUCUGCCCCUGCCCUGCCUUUUUCCCGCAGUUUCACACGUCUUUCUUACAUUCCCAUUUUUCAUUCUCUUCACUUUGCAAUUUGCAUGCAUUCCUUCUUAUUUCAUUUAUCCCACCAAUCCUCUGUCACGGCGGAGACCUCUUCCCCUCGGUAGCCUCUCCUCCGACCUGUCACCACCACCACCACCGACAACUACUCUGCACAUCACCAUCAGCUUCCAUAUACAGUGUUUUCUCGAUUUUACCGCUCUAUCCGUAUCCUUUGUGGUUUCUUCUAUGAAACAGGGAUUUAUGACAAUGGGCAAAGUCAACAAAUCUGCAGAAAAUACAGUAGCUGAUUAAGGGUAUGGCGUUUCUGUUACUGUUAGGAUUAAUGUGAAGUACGUGAGAGAGGAAUGGGUUCGAGGGAGUGCAUGAAUGGGCUCUGCAGGGCUAAUUUGACAGUUCAGUGUAAGAAAGGCUGGCCGCUGCGCUCUGGUGAACUUUCCACGCUCUGUAGUACAUGCGGGACUGCUUAUGAACAACUAGUCUUCUGUGACAUGUUCCACUUGAAUGCCACGGGUUGGAGGGAGUGCAGUUCUUGUGGCAAGCAUCUUCACUGUGGAUGUAUUGCUUCCAGCUCUUGGAUUGAACUAUUAGAGAGUGGCGGUGUAUGCUGCAUCAACUGUGUGAAAAGUUCACAGAUUGAAAUGGUGCCAAUUCAAGAAAAAGAUAAAAGAUGUGGUACUGCAACUAGUGGGGGUGAAGAGAUGUCAAUGUCAGGGGGAUGUGACACCCAGAAACCAAUAAAUAUGGUGUUGGAUGAUGAUCCUGGAAACAUUGCUCAUAAACCUUCUUUUCCAUCCCAAAAUGAUACUAGAUGCAAGACACCCUCCCAACUAAAAUUAGAAGACAUUUUUCAUCCCACAGGAGAAUCUGGAAGCAUGCUUCCAACAAGCUGUAACCAAGAAUUAUUUGAUUCGCCUCAACACCCCUUAUAUCAGUAUUAUAACGGAGUGCCUGGAUCACCAGUUCAAACAAACUUAAGUAUAUCACUGUGUGCCCGUUUAGGCAAUAAAAGUACCAUUGGUACUGGUGGGACAUUACUCGAUGAAAGGAAAUUGGGAAAGUUGAUAUCUUCCAAUGUACAAGGGCCUGGCCAUCUUUUACCCAAUCCACCAAAAUAUAUCAUUGCUGCUGGAUUGGAGACAACUAGUGGCAUGGUCCCACAAAUACCUGUUGCCAGGCUUCCUGUUGAAGGAAGGAUAAAGAAUCAGAUGCUUCCACGUUACUGGCCCAGGAUAACUGAUCAGGAAUUGCAGCAAAUUUCUGGACACUCAAAUUCCACGAUUAUACCAUUGUUUGAGAAGGUCUUGAGUGCUAGUGAUGCAGGUCGAAUUGGGCGUUUGGUACUUCCAAAGGCGUGUGCUGAAGCAUAUCUUCCACCGAUUUCACAACCAGAAGGCCUCCCUCUAAAGAUUCAGGAUAUAAAUGGAAAGGAGUGGGUGUUCCAGUUCCGGUUUUGGCCAAACAAUAAUAGCAGGAUGUAUGUUUUGGAGGGUGUAACCCCCUGCAUACAAUCCAUGCAAUUACAAGCUGGAGAUACUGUAAUUUUCAGUCGUAUGGAUCCAGAAGGAAAGCUUUUGAUGGGGUUCAGAAAAGCAUCAAGUGCCAUCCCAGCUCAGGAUGCCAACUUAGGCGUCAUGCCUUGUGGCAUCUCUUCAAGUGAAACUGUCUUCUCAGCUGUCACGGAGAAUGUACCCUCAAUGAGUGGCUAUUCUGGCUUGCUACAAUCUUCCAGUGGAAGCAGAGAUGUUUUUCCGAAUGCAUCUUAUAAACAUUUGUAUGGUGGUGAUAUGAACUGGGACUUCAAUGAGAAGGUUGGGAAAAACAAUGGGGACGGUCCACAUUCCUUAUCUCUCAUCACUCCGGGACGCAAAAGAAGCCGAAAUGUAGGUUCAAAAAGUAAGAGGCUGCUUAUUAAUAGGCAAGAUGCUUUUGAGUUGAAGCUUUCAUGGGAAGAGAUACAAGAUAUGCUCCGUCCACCACUUAGGGCCAGACUCACUACUGUUAACAUCGAGGACCACGAAUUCGAAGAAUAUGAAGAACCACCUGUUUUUGCAAAGAGAAGCAUUUUUACAGUUCGCUUAUCUGGGGAUCAGGAACAAUGGGCUCAAUGUGAUAACUGCUUGAAAUGGAGAAGGCUGCCUGCUGAUUAUCUUCUACCGCCUCAGUGGACAUGUCAGGAAAACAUUUGGGAUCUUUGCAGGUGUUCAUGUUCUGCAUCAGAUGAGUUAGCACCCCAGGAGCUUGAGUUCCUUCUUAAAUCGGACAUAGAGAGGAACAAACAAAGAACUGAAAUGAACCACAAGACAGUAAACGCAAGGGGUCCUUCAGAUGGUAGAGUUGAUGAGCAGGAGCUGGUGUCCACCUCAGUAGCAACAACUACAAGACACCCUAGGCAUCGCCCUGGCUGCUCUUGCAUUGUCUGCAUCCAGCCUCCUAGUGGAAAGGGAAAGCACCAGCCUUCCUGUAUGUGCAACGUUUGCCUGACUGUCAAACGCCGUUUCAAGACACUAAUGAUGCGCAAAAAGAAACGCCAAUCAGAACGGGAAGCUGAACUUGCUCAGAUGAAUCGUUUUUUAUGGGGUCCAGCCAAGCAGGAGGAGAUGGCAGAAGUGGAGGAUGGUAUUUUUCUUGGACGGGCCAAAUCACAACUCCGUCUUGCAGACAAAGAAAAAAGAUAUGGGAGCGACUUGCAACCACUCAGCCAAAGCAGUGACAUGUUUGUCAAGACUUGUGAACCGUUGUUAGACUUGAACUUUCACCCAGAUAGAGAAGCUGCUGCAGGCUCAUCAUCAUCGUCGUCAUCACGUAUUAGCAUGUUGUGCCUUCUUCAACAAGCCAGUUUGCCUCUCCAUAAUUAUCUGAAGCAGAAUGGGCUAACUAGCCUGGCUUCUGAACAGCAAGGAACCGCUGGAUCACAUGUGGUUCCCCAAGAUGGGCAAGAGAUUGAGGUACAAGUUCCCGAGGAUCAGUGCAUUAAUAAUAGCACUGCCAUUCAGGAACACGACCGUAAUGACCUUUCUGGACGAAAUGAAUAUGCAAAAGUGCCUUGAUGAAGAAGAAAUAGCCCUUUUACCAAAAAGAAGAAAUAAAACUAUCUUCUGAAUAUUAUACAUAUAAUUUUGCCAGCGUCACUGCAUUGCGAAUGUGUCUUUUCCCUUUACAUAUAAAAUAGCUUGAUAAGCUUAAUUUUGCCAUGUAGUUGGAUUGUCACACAGUUUGCACCUUUGAAUUGCUAUAUAUGUAUCUAAGAUAUACUAUCAAAAGGUGGUUUGUAAAUUUGUAAUGAAAAUUUACACAUGAAAGGUUUGGGUUUUAGUGAAACAUCACUAAACCAGGAAAACCACAAUCUUGUUUCUGAAAAA